UGUAUAUAUAUGUGAUAUCUGUGUGGUCGAAUAACCUUUUGUCGUUAUCGGGCGAUGUUAGGUCGCGUGGUUAUUAAUUACUAAUAUCUGUAGCCGUGUUAAUUAAAUUGUCCGAGUGACUUUCUGACGAUUCAUUACACUACAAAUUUACGGUUGGUAGCUCGGUCUUAGAAGAUUAAAAAAUUCCGGGGACAGUAUUUGAAAAUAAAAACAAUCUUGUAAGUAGUAGCCAUAGAAAACCUACCUACUUCUCGUUCAACCACUAAAAACUUAGAAGGAGAUUAUACUAAUUAGUAAUUUUAGGAAAUUACCUUGUGGCUUGUUGACUAUAUCGUAAGGAUUUCGACUAUUUCGAGUUACUAACAACAAUUGAGAUGGUAGACAAUCAAGUUAAUUUUCCAGACACUGUCACAGUAUUAAAAUCAUCAAAUGGUUCUGUAGUUUAUCUUGUUGGUACUGCUCAUUUUAGUGAAGAGAGCCAAGAAGAUGUCGCCCAAGUUAUAAAUGCAGUCAAACCAGAUGUUGUUGUUAUAGAAUUGUGCUAUAACAGGAAUAGCAUAUUAACAAUUGAUGAAUCCACUAUUGCCAAUGCUUCAGGCAUUACAUUGGAAGAUUUGAGAAGGUCAAUAAAAAAACUAGGCCUUACACAAGGUAUAUUUUAUCAACUGAUGAUAAAUAUAUCUGCCAAUAUAUCUCGUGAUCUUGGCAUGAUACCAGGUGGUGAAUUUCGUAGAGCUGUCAUUGAAGCUAAGAAAUAUAACAGCCACAUUUAUCUAGGUGACAGACCAGUUGAUAUCACUAUAAAAAGAGUGAUUUCAAUGUUGAGCUGGCCGAAAAGCAUUAAACUUUUGGCACACCUGUUGUUUACCGCAGAUUUUAAAAUUACAAAAGAAGAUGUAGAAAAAUUCAAAAACAAAGACUUACUAGAAACUUUAAUGCAUGAAAUGGCUGCUGACUAUCCAGAGUUGGAGAGAGUAAUAGUUGACGAAAGAGAUAAAUUCUUAACUUAUAGUUUACAAAAUUGUGCUGGAUUUGUAGUAGAGAAAACUGGCAACAAGCCUAAAAUAUUUAAUUCAAGACCUCAAGUUAUUGUUGGCGUAGUUGGAUUAGGUCACGUUGCUGGUAUUAAAAAAUAUUGGGAAAAAAUUGCUGAUGAGCAAAUUGCAGAAUUAAUUAUAAUUCCACCUCAAUCAAGAAGUAGCAAAGUUAUUAAAGUUGUGAUCAAAGUUUCUGCCUGUGGUUUACUUUUGUGGGGUGUUUCAAAGAUCCCUGGUGUAAGAUCACUAUCAAAAAUGGCUUAUGGAGUUACUUCUGAUUCAAUUACAUAUGUUCAAGGGAUGUUUAUUAAGUUACAAUAAACUAUAAAAAUCAAUAUUCCAUUGUAUAUUAUAUUUUAUGUUAUCAAUAAUACAUUUCAAAUACAGCUAUUCUAAUAAUGUUUAAUAAUAAUCAAAGCGAAGAUAAUUAUGAUCAUAUUGAUGAUUCACUUAUAUAUUCUUCAACAAACAUUC